UACUCUUGUUGGGGUCUUGUGAAACUCACCGCAGCGACAGGGGGAGCUCACUUUUCUUAGCCUGCAUUAGGAUGAGCGUACUGAGCGAGCCGGUAGUUAUUGGACUCGUGCUGCUGAUCUGCACUACUACUGGCCACUGUGAGAUCGAACCCGCCGUGUCUCCCACGGUAGCGAGGAACGACAAGAGCCUGCUGAUGCGGAAAGUGGACACAGUGAAGCACGUGCAGGAGAGCUGCAUUGAGAACGGCGUGAACGCAGCAUCGCAGUCGAUUUCUAGGAGAGAAUCCCGGGUUGAGGCAAGGGAUUUACGCAACCUCAAAAGAGAUAGUGGCGAUCAAGUUAUUGAAAUAUUUCCUAGAGAUCUCAGAAAGAAAGAAAAUAUUUUAAAACACCUAACAGGUCCUCUGUAUUUCAGUCCCAAAUGCAGGAAGCAUGUAUACAGACUAUAUCACAACACCCGAGACUGCACAAUUCCUGCAUACUUCAAAAGAUGUGCGCGGCUUCUCACACGAUUAGCGGGGAGCCCACGAUGUACAGAAGGGUAGCAGAUUUAAAG